AUGGGGGAGAACAAACUACGCAUUACCAUCAUCGGCUCGGGCAUAGCUGGACUAUGCUCCGCCAUUGCUCUGCAGAAGCAGCCGAACGUCGAUGUCCAGCUAUUCGAGCGUGCACCAAAACUCCAAGAAGUCGGCGCGAGUAUCGCUCUUGGCCCUAAUGGCAUGCGUACAUUGGAGAGAUUGGGCGUUGUUGAGGCAUUGGACGACAGCCUUGCUUUCCGCAAUAAAUCGGGGUAUCCAAUGAUAUAUCGCCACUGGAAAACAAACGAAGUCAUCUCCGUCGACGAACACCACUCCGCCGUCGAAACCCGUUACCAAACCGCCCGCUUCUACCGCGUGCACCUCCAGCAAGCCCUCGCAUCCCACAUCGACCCAGCGCGCCUCCACUUCAACAAGACCUUUGCAUCCGUCGACUCCGUCCCGGAAACCGACAGUCUCCUCGUAGCCUACACCGACGGCACGAAAGUCGAGACUGACAUCCUGCUCGGCGCAGACGGCAUCCGCUCCGCCGUGCGUCAACAUUUCGUCCCAACUUCUGCGCCCAAAUGGACGGGCUGGGUAGCGUUCCGCACCGUCUUUGAUGCUUCGCGCGUAGCGCACAUCCCCGGCGCCCUCGACGAAGCAUAUCACUGGUGGGGUCCGGACCGCACUUUCUUCUCUUCCAGACUCGGCGCCGACCUGUUCACCAUUGUCGGAGGCUACCACGGCGAUCCGCACGCCGAGGACGCGGCGUAUAGGCACGCAACGUGGAAUUCGCCUGGCGACGUCGAAGUGCUCAAAGGCUUCUAUCGAGACUGGAAUUCCGUCGUGAAGGCUAUGAUUGAUGCGGCGCCGGAUGUGCGACAGUACCCCAAUACUUUCGCCGCAGGGCUGGCGUCGUGGGUCCUUGGAGACGGGCGCGUGACUCUUGCCGGGGACUCCGCCCAUGCGCACGGCGGUGCUUUCGCAGCAGGUGGUUCGUUGGCGGCCGAUGAUGCGUAUGCUUUCGCGCGAGCUGUAGCGCACGUCAUGCCGCCUGAAGUCUCGCCUUCAGGCGCGAGGAUUGAAGAAGCGCUGAAGUUGUACGAGGCGACGAGGAAGGCGCAUACGGAUCGCGUGUUGGCUAUUGUGCACCAGGGAAACAAGAAGAUGGUUGAGCGGGUGGGGAAGACGGAGACGGAUGAGGAGCUGCGGGCGCGGAUGAUGGGGCGGUCGGAUCCGUUUUGGAUUCAUGAGCAUGAUGUUGAUGCUGCGUUUGCGCAGGCUGUUGCGCAGAUUUACGAUGGCGAUGAUGAUAGAGCUAGAUUAUGA